AUGGAAUCCAGCGGAAGAACUGUGCUACUUUUGGUGCUUCUGGUUCGUCACAUUUUGCCUCACUUCGCCUCAUCCGAAGAGCCGCCAAAUUUUGUUACAGGAGAACCUUACGUUAAAACAGCAGAACGAAUCCCGAAAACAGACAAAGGAGAGAAACAAACUGAAUUUGAAGCAUUGUCACUCAACUCGAAUGUAUCUUCGCAGCAAAGCUUAGUUCGCCUAUUCGAGUUCAAUGAUGCGAAAGAUGUCGGAAUGAAGCUCGUUUCAGCUAGGCUCUCGCUUCCAAGGAUCUUCUCCCAUAUGAGCGCCGUUACGUCACUCGAGGCCACACAAUGUCGAGGCUGUGCAGCCGACGCGAUUUAUGUGAAACUGAGGACGAAUCGAACGUUUGAGGGGCACGUGCAUGUGAAGUUUGCUUCGAACAAGUAUUGCUAUCAGACUCUCGUGACGAAUAAUCAGAUAGAAGUGCUUGUUCCUCAUGAGGAGUGCGCUGUACCACGGAGGCGGUCGAAGACGCCAUCGGGAGUUUUCCUCGAGACAUCACUAGCGGUCGCCUUCCAUCCGGACUUUACUACCGCCGAUGAUCGCAUUUUCCAUUUUCGUUGCUUUCACCAACGAACUUCACAGGAACUGCAGGGGGCAGGCAGUCCAACUGAGCCGCCACGAGAGUCUGCUUGGAAUCCUUCAUGCUCGUAUACGGUUCGAAAGUGGCCAAAUGGACCAUUAGUAGGAACAGUUGUUCUCGGGCAAACCGUUUUUCACCAGUGGAGUUGCGAAAACGAGAAAGACAACUGCCUCAUCGUUCGUAGUUGUUCGGUCGUUGCCGCAGAAAAAGCGCACGAGCUGAUUGGAGCAGAUGGAUGUUCGAAGAACACAAAGAUUCUGCCUCAUCUGAGCUAUUUCGGUCCGUCCUUGGUCGGCCAAAAUGUAAGCGUGUUUGGAGUGUCCCAAACAUCGUUGAUCUACUUUGAAUGUGAACUGCUCCUAAUACCUAAGCAGAAUGGAGUGUGCGAUGUUCCAACGUGUGCAGAAUCAGACGGAAACCGUACCAGGAGGAGCUUCGAUGAUCAUCCAAGCAUUUCCGUGGAUGUGCAGUCUCAGCGUAUCGAAGUGUCUGAGCUAGGUGUCAUAUCGGAUGUUGAAGUCGACAGCAUGCAGUCAGUAGAGCUCACGUGUCACGAGAAGGCCUCCUACCCAGUGCACGAGAUUUGCGUUCCAUUCAACCCUUUCUUUGUCUUUCUAGCCGGGAUGAUAUCGGUUACCUUCUUCGUGAUAUCCACAGCUGCCAUGGUUUCAUUCCAACGCUAUCGACACUACUCAAUGUCACAAACGAGGUGUUAA